UCUGUGUUUUGUAUCGGACUGGGUGGGAGGGAGCAGCAGCCUCAGUACCAGGCGCCGCUCUCCCUCAGUGCUGACUGGAUAGACAUAGAGGAGGAGGCUGCUACAUGCUGCCGCCGACGCCACCUCUCCUGCCUUUGUCGUAAAUCGGACCUGUUCUUUUUUCUUCUUCUCCACCGCGGCCACGCUUGAGCCAGACGGAUAUUGUUUUGCGUUUUUUUUUUUCCACCUGUAUUUUCUAACAUUUUUUCUUUUGUACACGGAUUCCGACAAGAAGAGGGGAAUUAAGCAGUCGCGGGCGUACCAAUGUACUCACUACACGAGGGCAGCGGUCUGUUUCUGCUGCUGGUCUUGGCAGGACUGCAGAUUGCAGCAGAGGGCAGGGGCACCCCACCAUGCAGACCAGGCUUCUCUGAAGAUGUAUACAAGGUUGUGGUGCCAGAUAUCGCGGAGGAAGGACAUCCCCUUUUCAACGUGAGGUUCGUCGACUGUGGCCGAGGGGGUCUGGUGCGGUUUGAAUGCAGUAACCCGUCUGACUUCCGGAUAGAGGCCGACGGAGUGGUCUAUGCUGCCAGGACCAUCCGGCACUCCACGCCCGCCGCGUCACCGCUGCUGAUCAAGGCCAGCGACGCCACCACUCAGCAGCAAUGGGUGGCCCAAGUCAGGCUGACGCCCUCCAGCCAGCAGGUCCAGCAAGUUGCUGCCCCUCCAGUCAUGUCGAAGGAUUUGAAGGAAAUAGCGUUUCCAUCCCGAAACGCGGACAGCCCACUCAAACGCAUGAAGAGAGACUGGGUCAUCCCCCCAAUCAAUGUCCCAGAGAACUCACGAGGCCCAUUCCCACAAGAGCUUGUCCGGAUCCGGUCGGACCACGACAAAAACCGGUCCCUCAGAUACAGUGUGACGGGUCCUGGAGCUGACCAGCCCCCCACCGGCAUCUUCAUCAUUGAACCAAUCUCUGGAGAGCUAUCUGUCAACAAGCCCCUGGAUCGAGAGCACAUCUCUAACUUCCAUCUGAGAGCCCAUGCGGUGGACCUGAACGGCAACCAGGUAGAAAACCCGAUUGACAUUGUGAUCAAUGUGAUCGACAUGAACGACAACAGACCCGAGUUCACUCACCAGAUCUGGAACGGCACCGUUCCAGAGGGUUCCAAGCCAGGAACAUUUGUUAUGACGGUGACGUCUGUCGACAAAGACGACCCGAAAACAGCCAAUGGGAUGCUGCGUUACAAGAUCCUGUCUCAGAACCCAGAGAGCCCGACCUCCAACAUGUACACCAUCAACAAUAAGACGGGAGGCAUCAUCACGGUGGCGGCAGGCCUGGACAGAGAGAAAGUGCCUCAGUACACGCUGAUCAUCCAGGCCACGGACAUGGAGGGCAACCCCAUGUACGGCCUCUCCAACACAGCCACUGCUGUCAUCAGAGUGACGGACGUUAACGACAAUCCGCCAGAGUUUACUGCUGAGACGUUUUUCGGCGAGGUGCCCGAGAACCGCGUGAACGUCAUCGUGGCCAACCUGACGGUGACCGACAAGGAUCAGCCCAACACGCCGGCCUGGAACGCUGUCUACAAGAUCACCGGGGGCGACCCCACCGGCAGGUUCUCCGUGCCCACCGAUCCCACCACUAACGAGGGCCUGGUGACGGUCGUCAAGCCCAUUGACUAUGAAACCAGCAGGACGUAUGUGCUGACGGUGGAGGCGAGGAACGAGGUCCCCCUGGCCAGAGGCAUCCACUCUCCUCGACAGUCCACCGCUACCGUCUCCAUCAGAGUGAUCGACGUCAACGAGAGUCCCUACUUCGAGCCCAACCCCGAACUCAUUAGACGGGACGAGGGCAUUUUGUCUGGGUCAACGCUGUGCACCUUCACUGCACAGGACCCGGAUCGCUUCAUGAAGCAAAGCAUCAGAUACACCAAACUCUCAGAUCCAGCCAACUGGCUGAGGAUUGACCCGAACACCGGUCGCAUCACAACAACUGCCGUUUUGGACCGAGAGGCGCCCUUUGUGAAGAACAGUUUGUACAAUGCAACGUUCCUGGCGUCUGACGACGGUGUGCCUCCAGCGAGCGGCACGGGCACUCUGCAGAUCUACCUGAUAGACAUCAACGACAACGCUCCCAAGGUGUUCCCUCAGGAGACCGAGGUAUGCGAGAAGCCGGAGCCGAACGCCAUCAACAUCACCGCGCUGGACGGAGACCUGAACCCCAACGCCGGGCCCUUCGCCUUCGAGCUGGCCCACCGGCCCACUGACGUUCGGAGAAACUGGACCAUCACAAGAGUCAGCGGUGACUAUGCUCAGGUGAGCCUGAAGAUCGGCUUCCUUGAGAGCGGUAUCUACGAGAUCCCCAUCAUAAUCACGGACUCGGGCAACCUGCCCAUGUCCAACACCUCCUAUCUGCGGAUCAAAGUGUGCCAGUGCGACAUGAACGGAGACUGCACCGACCAGCAGCACAUCAUGGCCGCCGGCCUGGGCACCGGGGCCAUCAUCUCCAUCCUCCUCUGCAUCAUCAUCCUCCUCAUUCUCGUGCUGAUGUUCGUGGUGUGGAUGAAGCGCCGCGACAAAGAGCGUCAGGCCAAGCAGCUCCUCAUCGACCCGGAGGACGAUGUGCGAGACAACAUUCUCAAGUACGACGAGGAAGGCGGGGGAGAGGAGGAUCAGGAUUACGACCUGAGUCAGCUCCAGCAGCCGGACACGAUAGAGCCUGAUGCCAUCAAGCCGGUGGGAAUCCGCCGUCUAGACGAGAGACCCCUCCACCCUGAGCCACAGUACCCCAUGAGGUCAGCAGCACCCCACCCUGGAGACAUCGGAGACUUCAUCAAUGAGGGACUUAAGGCGGCAGACAACGACCCCACCGCCCCCCCCUACGACUCCCUGCUCGUGUUCGACUACGAGGGCAGCGGCUCCACGGCCGGCUCCCUCAGCUCCCUCAACUCCUCCAGCAGCGGGGGCGACCAGGACUACGAUUACCUCAACGACUGGGGCCCGCGCUUCAGGAAACUGGCGGACAUGUACGGCGGAAGUGAUGACUAGAGCGUGCGAAGGAAGAAGAGAUGCGAGAGAAAAGAAAGAAGAAGAAAAAGAAAAAAAAAAAAACGAAGGAAAGAUUUCCUGUUGAUGGACACGGACGGCUUCUGAUAUUCCCCGAGAGUGACGGAACUGUGACAGAAAAAAUACAAAAAAAAAAAGAAAUAAACAUUGAUUCAGAAUUUUUUUCAAAAACAACCAACCUAGGCUUAUUGUUGUAGUCUACGCAUACAUAUGCUUGUUGAAAGCUUAGGCAUAGGCUGUGGUCCGGUUAUGGAGGCUGUGGGGAGGGAACACUGGUGGGCUGUCGCCACUCGGAUUGUUGGUAUUGAAUGCGCUCAGUUACACUUGAAUUUCACAGUACAGAAGCACUGGGAUAUAAUGUGCCUUUUUGUACAUUUUUUGGAUCUAAAUGAUUAGUUUUAUGUUCAAGGCUUUAAUGGUACUGACUUUUGGAGUGAUUUCAAACUAAGUAUGUUACACUCUGGUAUGCUUCUACAUGCUUUUUUUUCCUCUUCGGUUACACAACGCUCCUGUUUGUUGAAGAUUAUUUAAAUAAACUACAAAGACGAAGAAAUGAAGGAUCUUCUGUUAGCUUGGACAGAAAGAAAGUCAAUUAAGAACAGCACUGUACAUUACGCUAGACUUCUAGACUUUUUCACUAAAAAAAAAAAAAUUAUGCAGCUGGUUGCAAAUAAAGGGAGUUAUGAAUCAUACUUUUGUAGCAGAUUUUUUUUUUUUUUUCGUUUGUUUCUGAGGUGAUGUAGUAUUUUACAAAAACAAAAAAAACAGCUGUUUCGGUCUAGUUUAUGUACACUUUAUUUGCCUUAGUCAUCUGAUAUUUUCAACUUUACUUCACUGUAAAAAGAUGUGUGUACAUAAUGUUUCUUUUUUUCUCCUUUGAUCUUUUUCUUUUAUUGUAGUACAUGAAAAAGUGCAAAAGGUUCCAAACUUGUAAAUGUAUAAUUUGGACUACAAAUUCAAGUUUUUUGCAUGUUUUUAUCUUUUCAUGACAACAGAAAUGAAAAAUGUUGCUUCCCAAAUUUAUUUACAAGGUGAAAAAAAAAAAUAAAAAAUCUGGGUGACAUUAACUGUGUAGAAGUAAAGUUUUUUUUUUUUUUGUAUAAAACGUGAAGAAAAAUGCAUUGAUAAAAAUGGAGAAGUAGUGAUCUUGUCAGCACAACUGUUGAAUUUGUACCAAAAAGGGGGUGGGUUGGGUGGAGGGGGGGGGGGGGGGGACAUGCUAGGCACUAAUUGCUGAAUCAGCUUUAAGACUGGAGAAGGUUUUGGACUUAAGCCUUGAGGAGAACCAUGUGUACUGGAAAGCAAACUAUACACCUCUGACCCCGACCAUCCAAAUAAAAUGCAAAUUUUGGAGCUAAAAACUAAA